AUGUCCAAGACCCGCACUGAGAAGAUCUCGACCGGCGAGGGCCCGUCGGUCUUCAUCAUUGGCGCCGGUAUCGGCGGUAUCACCAUGGGCCUCGAUCUCGACAGCCGCGGCAUCACCAACUGGAUGAUGUUUGAGCGCUCCGACGGCAUCGGUGGCACUUGGCACGCCAACCGCUACCCUGGCUGCCGCUGCGACGUCCCCGCCAUUGUCUACUCGCACUCGAAGCACCCCAACCCCAACUGGACCCAGACGCACCCCGAGCGCGCCGAGAUCCAGAAGUACUGGGAGAACCUUGCCUACUCGCAGGGCCAGAAGGAGCGCAUCCGCCUGAAUCAGAACAUCGUCGAUGCCAAGUGGGACAAGACGCGCAAGCUCUACGUCGUCGAGGUCAAGGACCUCGUCAAGGACGAAACGUACUUUGUCGAGACCGACAUUCUCGUCACUGCCUCGGGUGGUCUCUCGCAGCCCAAGUACAUCGACCUCCCCGGCGAGGAGGGCUUCAAGGGCCAGGUCGUGCACGCUGGUGACUGGCCGCGUGAUCUCUCCGUCGAGAGCCUCAAGGGCAAGAAGGUCGUUGUCGUCGGCAACGGAUGCUCGGGUGUCCAGGUCGUCGCCACGCUGGGUGAGGAUCCCGAGAUCGAGGUCGUCUCGCUCGCGCGUGCGCGCCAGUGGUUCGUCCCCUCCAACCCGGGAGAGCCCCGCCACUCGGUCCCCUACUCGGAGACCCGCAACAAGCUCUGGCGCAAGUUCCCCUUCCUGAUGGGUGCCGAGCGGUUCAUCAUGGCGUGCAUCAUGGACUCGCUCUGGUACUGGUACAAGGAGAAGGAGGGCAAGCGCGCGCGCACCAAGCUCCAGGCCUCGCUUCUCGAGUGGUACAAGGCCGAGCUGCCGGAGUACAUGCACGACGCCAUUGAGCCCACGCACCCCUUCGGCUCGAAGCGUCUCAUCUUUGAGGACGGCUACUUUGAGGCCCUCCGCAAGCCCAACGUCAAGUUUGUCGACGGCCGCAUCGCCUCCCUCACCGAGGAGAAGGUCAUUGUCGACGACGGCCGCGAGCUCGACGCCGACCUCGUCGUCCUCGCCACCGGCUACGACGCCGACACGACCCAGUACCAGGUGCACGGCUCGACCGACUCGACGGCCAACUACAAGUCGCGCUCCGAGUACCACACGUACCGCGGCAUCUCGCACCCGGGCAUCCCCAACUUCUUCAACGUGCUCGGCAACAACAUGGGUCUGAACCACAUGGGCAUCACGACCGUGAUCGAGAUCCAGACGGCGUACAUCGGCCAGCUGGUGGAGCAGAUGCGCGACAACAACAUCAAGGAGCUCGAGGUCCGCAAGGACGCGACGUUCAAGUACGAGACGUGGAUCGAGAAGCGCCUCAACGACACGACCUGGGUGCAGGUCAACAACUGGUGGCGCGGCAACGACGGCAAGGGCCGUCUCUUCACGCACUACCCGGGCAGUGUCCGCCGUCUGUGGUGGGAGCAGCACAAGCCCAUCUACAAGGACUGGAUUGGCGCCGACGCCGUCGUCCGCAAGGAGCGUCUCCGCCGCGUCGUCUUCGUCGCCGCCCUCCUCGCCUCGGGAUACUUUGCCAAGCAGCACAACUUUGAGUACGAGUCCAUGAAGGACACCAUCGUCGGCGAGGCCAUCAAGCUCGUCGCAUCGGCUAAGGUAUACCUCCAGUCGUGGACUGCCAAGUCGUCAUAA